GGCUGCAGGCUUGUCAUCUGCACCUAAUAAAUUUGUGUCAACAUUGGUGCGAAAUGUUAUACUGAUAAUAUAUUUGCACUAUUUGUAGGUUUUAGUAAAAAAUAUUGUAAUUCGUAAUAUAAUAUAUGGGAACAAAUUUUAGUGUUGUUUGCGUGAAUAAUAUUAUGCAAUUAGAAUUAUUACGGCAUACGCGUGUAGUACUAACUUAAAUGGUCACUUUUAAAUUAAUUACCUACAUAAAAACAGCAUUGUAAUUAAUAUAAGUCAUAAGCGUAGCCUAUAAGUUAAAUAAUAUAUUAUUUUCGUCUUCUUUCGUGGCUUAAAAUAUACCUAGUUUUAGGGAAUCCCGCAUAUUAUGCUACAGUACUCGCAAUGCAAUAACAACCACAAUAUCGUUGGCCCGCGACCGUCGCUCGCCCCAUCACAGAACGGGACUGCGGCGACUUGUAGUUGUUACUUGUUGUCGUUGUCUAUUACUCUAUUGUGUCCAUAUUGCUCGUACACUCGUUCUACUCGUCUAAAAUCUAAGUUAUGUAAUCUACUACUUCAUUAAAACGACGCCACGUUAUUACGGUGCAAUUAUUUUAUUCGUCACGUCCUUUGAAUUGCCAAUGUGUGCAUCAUAAUCAUUGAUCAGUGUUUUUUUUUAAACUUUUUAUGUGAUUUACCAUUUACGAUAUUGCUUUAUUUUAUUAAGAUCGCGCUCGUGAAAGAAUUUAGAGGAUCGGUUCACAGUUGUAUACAUUUCCGUUGUUGUAAAAAAUGGAUCAAACCAUAUUUGAAAAAGACACCACGCAUGUUGUAGUUAAAUUUAAUGAAAAGUCUAAAAAUGGUAAAAAAACCAUUGAUCUUGUGCCUGUUGAUUGGGUAUUUGAAAGUGAGAGAAAAUUAUAUUGUAAAUAUCCUUCAAAAAAAGAUUAUUGUAAUUUAAAUGAAAUGUGCAAAACCUCUGCGGCACAUGGACCAUUUUGGAAAAGCUAUGGAAUAAGUGUUAUUAAACAGGCUGUAAAUUUUAAUCAAGGAAUAAGACGAAUGGAAAAAGCAUUUUCAGAGGAAGUAGUUCAGAGCAGCAAUUUAGAUGAAUACAACAGUUCUGAGUUAGAAGAUGAUUAUUUAAAACUAAACAAAGAUGAUCUUAAACGAUCCUUGAAAAGUAUUCCUGUUUUUAUAAAGAAUCAUGAUGUGGACGAUGAAGAGUUAAAUGAUAGUGAUAAAAAUAGCUUCCAUUCGGAAGAUUAUUUAAAACAGAACUUGGUAUCCGAUAAUAGUAUUUCAUCAGCAUUAUCAUCGCCAAUUCUUUGUCAUAAAAAGAAAUCAUUAAAAAGAUCCAGAAAGAGUGCUGUAGUAACCUAUGAUAAUACAAGUUCUGGUUCGUCAACAACUUCAUCGCCCAAAAUAAUUAAAAGGUUGUCAUCAGGAACAACUAAAAUAAUUGGUAUAAAAAAUAAAAUAAUACAAUCCCCAAAAAAUGUAAAGACCCAUUCAAUUGAAGAAAACAGCAAUAAAAAAGCUCAAACUUCAUCAGACAUUAAAAGGAAGAAACAAUGCCCAGCUUGUGGUUGUACGUGUGCUACAGGUAUGCCAGCUUCAGAAACUCUUGUUUCUAAGGCUAAUUUGGAAUCAGUUAGAAGAAGCAUAGAAUAUAGGAUAAUAGAAGAGGCAAAAUCCACCAGACACCUAUUUGCAGCACACAACAAUAUUGGGGAUAUUGACAAAAUAAUGAAAGAUGGAACUAUAAUUGAUAUUCCCAAAUUUAACUUACAAGACUUUCAAGAUUUUGAUGCUGAAUUAAAAACUAAUUUCGAAUUAGUAAAGAAACUGAUAAAAUAUCGGAAAAUUUAA